CAAAGUCAUCGAAUCUGGUCUCUACACGUGGCAGCUUCCUUUCUACCCACGAACCCCUUCUUCCUGUAUAAAUGCUUAACUAAAACUCAGCUUCACUUUAUCUCAUCUCCGACCCUCUCUCUAGCUGCUUAUAGGAAAAUCCCCUUGUUUAAUUUCUUCCCAAAACAAGUAGUAGUUUUUGUUGUAUUUGAAAAGGAGGAGGAAAAUAAAAUGGGAGCAGCCACCUGCUUGGAAAUCAUCCUGGCCAUCAUCUUGCCUCCUCUGGGUGUUUUCCUCCGUUUUGAAUGCAAGGUGGAGUUUUGGAUAUGUCUGUUGCUGACCAUAUUGGGGUACCUCCCUGGAAUUCUCUAUGCUAUCUAUAUCCUCACCAGGUGAACAAACCUGAGGUGGAGAAGAGGAGGUAUCCAAUGACUUGGCCGACGGUUGCUGAUUUAAUUGGCGUCUCCACAGAUUAUUUCGUACUACUUUCAUUCUGUUGUUGGAAAAAUUUGUGUUCUCAUUUAGUGGGUUGAGGCUGUGACUGGUGUUUUUGUUUUAUGAUUAUAAGCUGGGUUUGUGAUUGUAAAUUAAUUAGCUUUGUCUUGAAAAUAAGGAAAAUUGUGCUCAGGAGUGUUUUGGAUUA